AUGGCGGGGACUGAGGCCCGGCUGCUUCCAGCCCCCCACUCUGGGGGUCCUGCGAGCAGCCAGCAGGACUGGCUUUGCGCUGACCCUGUGCCCACCUCUUUCUCCCGCCAGUGCACUGUCCAGGUCAAGUUAGAGCUGGGACACCGCGCCCAACUGCGCAAGAAGCCCACCACGGAGGGGUUCACGCACGAUUGGAUGGUGUUCGUCCGCGGCCCCGAGCAGUGUGAGAUCCAGCACUUUGUGGAGAAAGUGGUCUUCCGGCUGCACGACAGCUUCCCCAAGCCCAAGCGCGUGUGCAAGGAGCCCCCCUACAAAGUGGAGGAGUCGGGUUACGCUGGCUUCAUCAUGCCCAUCGAGGUGUACUUCAAAAACAAGGAGGAGCCCAGGAAGGUUUGCUUCACCUAUGACCUGUUCCUGAACCUGGAGGGCAACCCGCCUGUCAACCACCUGCGCUGCGAGAAGCUCACCUUCAACAACCCCACCAUCGAGUUCCGGUACAAGCUCCUGAUGGCCGGCGGGGUGAUGGUAAUGCCCGAAGGAGCAGAAACGGUGUCCAGGCCCAGUCCUGACUACCCCAUGUUACCCACAAUUCCACUCUCUGCCUUCUCUGACCCCAAGAAGACCAAACCGUCCCACGGCUCCAAGGACGCCAGCAGGGAGAGCGGCAAGGCCUGCAAGACCCACAAGACGACCAAGGAGCACCGCGAGCGGCCGCGCAAGGACUCGGAGAGCAAGGGCGCCCCCAAGGAGGCGGAGCGCGAGCAGGCCAGGAGCGCCAAGGAUGCCGCACGGAAGCCGGGCGAGGGCCGGCCGCCCAAGGAGGAGAAGGCCCCGCCGCCCAAGGCCGCGUUCAAGGAGCCCAAGAUGGCCCUGAAGGAGACCAAGCUGGAGAGCGUGUCCCCCAAGGGCGGGCCGCCGCCCCCACCCAAGUCUUCCAGCAAGCGGCCGGCUGCCGCCGACUCGCCCAAGCCCAGCGCCAAAAAGCAGAAGAAGAGCAGCUCCAAGGGGUCGAGGAGCGCCCCCAGCACCUCGCCCCGCACCCCGUCUUCCUCCUUCUCGGACAGAAAGCCGGCCAAGGACAAGGGCGGCGCCAAGGGGGAGAAGGCCAAGGCCGAGGGCGAGCCCAGGGAGGUGAAGAAGGCCCCGGAGGUGGAGGAGUCCAACUCGGAGGACGAGGCCUCCUUCAAGACGGAGUCCGCCCAGUCGAGCCCCUCCAACUCCAGCUCCAGCUCUGACUCCAGUUCAGACUCGGAUUUUGAGCCAUCUCAGAACCACAGUCAAGGACCCCUGCGCUCCAUGGUGGAGGACCUGCAGUCCGAGGAAUCUGACGAGGAUGACUCUUCGUCAGGCGAGGAGGCUGCCGUCAAGACAAAUGCAGGAAGGGAUUCCAGGUUGAGCUUCAGUGACAGCGAGAGCGACAACAGUGCCGACUCCUGCCUGCCCAGCCGCGAGCCGCCUCCCCCCAAGAAGCCGCCCCCACCCAACAGUAAGGCCUCAGGCCGGAGGAGCCCGGAGUCCGGCAGCAAGCCCGAGAAGAUCCUGAAGAGGGGCACCUACGACAAGGCCUACACGGACGAGCUGGUGGAGCUGCACCGGAGGCUCAUGGCCCUGCGGGAGCGCAACGUGCUGCAGCAGAUCGUGAACCUGAUCGAGGAGACCGGCCACUUCAACGUCACCAACACCACCUUUGACUUUGAUCUCUUCUCCCUGGACGAGACCACCGUGCGCAAGCUGCAGAGCUACCUGGAGGCGGUGGCCACAUGACCCGGGGCCGGGCGCCGGGCCCCUGUCGCCGGGGUUCCGGGAGGCCACGUCCAGGCCCCGCCUUCCUUCCUCUCUCGACUCGCCCGCCCGCAGCACUGCCUUAGUGACCGCCCUAUCCUCGGCCCACACGGCCAGCUGCACUUUCCUCGUCGGCUCCCGGCCCACCCUCCCCACCACCUCGUCGGGAGCCCUAGGGCUGAGGGGGCCCGGGCCGGCGCUGCUGCUCCCCGAUACUCAGGGGCCGUCCCCUGGGCCCCUCUUGGAAAGUGGCUUGUGUUGAAGGCAGCGCCGGGCCUCACUCCCGAGGGGGCAGAAACAUGCCUGGCGGUGGGGGCCUCGCCCGGCCUCAGGAUCCCGCUCCAUGGUGGGUGUGUGGCAUAGUUUCACUGCCCUGGCCUCGCUGAGCAGCCGGGGCACAGCCUCCAGCCUCCCCAAACGGUUCAGAAUACACCCACUGCUGCCCCAGGACCUCAGAGGGCUCCAGCUGUGUGUGUGCAGCCAGCUGUGCCAGGCUGGGCCUCGGCCCGUCCCCCGUGGCAGCUGGUCGCAGUGCUCUGCCGGCUCUCCCUGUGCUGGGACUGCGUGCUGUACAGUUCUCUCUCUAUUAUAUAUGUAUGUAUGCACUGUAGGUACCAGAGCGGUGUCCGGGUGUGUGUUUCCGUGGCAGCAGUGCACGUGGCGGGUGGGGGGUGAGUAAGGCGGGACUUGUAGGUAAAGACGUCUUCACUGGUCAUGUCCUCGGGCUGGAGGCUGAGCCGGAGCCCUGGCUGGCCCUCUCCAGGCUCAGGGAGGACUCCUCCCUCUGUGGUUCCAAGGGCGCCUCAUCCGCCAGUGAACACUACGCGGGGGCAGCAGGUCCUCGGCACCCGGAUCUCCGAG